UCUGACCAAUAUGAUGCUCAUUGAUACCAGGAAGAAGUUUGAAUAAGUUGAGUGUGGACCAGAAGGGCCGUGGCUGACAGGUUACCCACAAUGGACAGCUCGGAUGAGGACGACAUCUAUAAUGAAAGUGAUUCAUUUGUUGUGCUGCCCUGUGGGGGAGGAGAGGACACCUCCACACCACAGCCUGAAAGAGGAGUACAAGAAAUUCCUCCACCAAGACAAAUAGCAGCUCUCCAUGUUGGCAGUGACACUGUUUCUCUCGGCUGGCCUCCCAUCGAUGUCUCUGUUCCAUGCAAAUUUCAUUUGACCAUCACCUGCAACACAGAAACGAAGACUGUGUUCAUCGCACACUGCAGCUCUACGGCUGUUGUGGGUCUACAUCCUGGGACUGAGUACAACUUCAGCCUCACAAGGGUUGCAGCAAAUGGAAAUCAGAGCAAAGCAACCUCUAUAUCUCUCUUUACUGAGCCCGCCCCUCCUGAGAAGAUAAUGGUUGAUGAGGUCAGCACUGACUCAGUUUCUCUGAGUUGGGACACCCCUGCUGGUGAAGUGGGGAGUUACACUGUGGCCUGUUACCAUGAAGAAGAAACCGUCCAGGAGCUGACAACACACACCAACAGCCUGACCAUCAGCAGCCUGAAACCAGGGGAGAAAUACUCCUUCCAUGUUUCAACACAACUGAAGAAUGGAAGAGUCAGCGAGCCUGCUGUGACGUCUGCCUGCACAAAGCCCGCCCCUCCUGAGAAGAUAAUGGUUGUUGAGGUCAGCACUGACUCAGUUUCUCUGAGUUGGGACACCCCUGCUGGUGAAGUGGGGGGUUACACUGUGGCUUGUUACCAUGAAGAAGAAACCGUCCAGGAGCUGACAACACACACCAACAGCCUGACCAUCAGCAGCCUGAAACCAGGGGAGAAAUACUCCUUCCAUGUUUCAACACAACUGAAGAAUGGAAGAGUCAGCGAGCCUGCGGUGACAUCUGCCUGCACAAAGACACAGUUGGAGGGCUUACUGGAAGAUCUGAGGUUGGAGCAGCACUACACACAGAAGCUGUCACUGAGCACAGUCCUACAGAUUGAUGAGAAGACGUUUGCUGAUGAAUCUGCUAAGUGUCCUUCAGAUCUUCCAUGGUGUUUUCUGAAGAAAUUAAUGAUGGUCAAUGUAACAGCUAGGAAUGUUAAAUUUAUGUCAGCACGUGAGCCAAACUGUGAUGAGAAUAUACAUUUAGAUCUUGAUGAUCUGCUCAACAGCUCAAGCUCUAGUGACAUGUUAAAUCCUUUAGACAUUAUCACUGCUCUCUUUCUGUGCUCUGAUGGGUUUGUACAGCAGGAAAUGGCACUGAAAAUGUCCAUGUGUCAGUUUUCGGUGCCUCUGCUGCUCCCUAAUAGUGACAAAAACCAGUGCACACUCAUGCUGUGGGCCAUGAGAGACAUUGUUAAGAAGUACAGACCUCAGUCACUUUCACAAACCAAGGGUUUCAUUGAAGAGAGAAUUGUUCUCUCUGAGCUUCCGAUGGUGUCUUUUGUGAGACUGGGUGAGUGCUCCUUGUCCAAGUCAGAGAUUCUCAAUAAGCUUCUGAGCAAUUCCCAACAGUAUCACGACACCUUUGUUCACCGCAACAUGGAGUGUGGAGAUAGUCCAAGAAGAAUAUCAAAUGGACUGGCUGAAAUUAGUUGGUAUCUACCCUGUGGAAACAAAAACAUUGAUAUCUUUGGUGAGCCAGUUGCUGUAGCAAACCUCAGAGGGGAUGUGGCUUCAUUUGAGACACAGUAUUCUUUUUUGUGUCAGACAUCUGCAGCAGUUUUUGUGUUCUUUGACAGUUUGGACGCCCAAUACAAGCUACUGAGCAACUACCACAGCAAGGCUCAGAUAUUCUUAGUGGGCAAUGCCCAGAGCAAGAGUUUCAGUAUUGAUGCUCUAAAAAAUGUAGCAACUGAGUUAAAUUUGACCAACAGCAACAUCAUUUUGAAGACAAAACAGAUAAAUGAUGCAGAUUUUGUCAAAAACUUGCGAAAAACAGUCAGGGAUGUAGUUGAGAGCUCAAAAACCAAGAUACGAGUGGAACAGAUGGCUGGUAUUGCCCAUGAACUGGGGAUCUUGGUUGAUGAGGAUUCCCCAGAGUGUCAGAGUGCUAAACAAAAUGCAGAUGCCAUCACUGCAGAAAUACAAGACAUCCUAAAGUACAAAGAGGCCCAGCUCCCCCUGCAAGGACAAAUAUGGAAAGAGCUGACUCGCAUAGAGAAGGAAGAAUGUAGACUUAAAAAUGCAGGGGCUGAAAACAUUGAGAAGUACAAAAGUGAUCUCCUGCAAGAGAAAAGAAAACUUCGAGGACAGCAGAACCGUUACAACAUGUCGAAUGCAAUGGCAUGUUUCAUACAGGCAAUAUCAAGUCCAGGGAAAGAAAGGUGUUACUUCCUGAAAUGGAUGCGAAUUAACCUUGAUAACCUGUCCAGAGAAAAACUUUCUGGGCUCAGGGAGCAGUACAAAGAGAAAUGCCAGAAUCCUGAAAACAAAAAAGAAAUCAAAGACCUUGACAGAAGACUUUCCAACAGCUCACUGGGGACUGAACACUUCUUGCGUGAAAUGGGUCAAAUCUAUGAGGCUGCUGUCUCUCUUCCAGAAACUGAAGCAUCACAUCAACAACUAAAGCAUUUGCCCAAACUGUGUGCAGAAUUGCUCCUUGAUGGAUUUCCCCUGGAACUUGUAGAUGGAGAUGCAUCCAACAUCCCUCUGAGAUGGGUGAGUGACGUUCUCUCUGAGCUGAAGACCUUGGUGUGUCCAAAGAGCAAGAUACUGGUAGUCACAGUUCUUGGAGUUCAGAGCACAGGGAAAUCCACUCUGCUGAACACCAUGUUUGGAGUGCAGUUUGCAGUCAGCAGUGGCAGAUGCACCAGAGGUGCCUUCAUGUUGCUCAUCAGAAUCCAAGAAGACUUCAAACAACAACUGAACUGUGACUUUCUGGUGAUCAUUGACACUGAGGGCUUGAAGUCACCAGAGCUUGCACAAUUGGAUGAUAGUCAUGAGCAUGACAAUGAGCUUGCGACACUUGUUGUGGGGUUGAGUAAUAUCACAAUUAUCAAUAUUGCAAUGGAGAAUUCAGCAGAGAUGAGGGACAUCCUGCAAAUCGUAGUUCAUGCUUUCCUCAGGAUGAAGGAGGUGGGCAAAAAGCCCAAAUGUCAGUUUGUUCACCAGAAUGUUUCAGAUGUGUCAGCCCAUGAGAACAACAUGAGGGACAGGAAACUACUAUUAGAGCAGCUGGAUGAGAUGACCCAGGCAGCAGCUAGAAUGGAGAGAAAAGAGGAGAACAAGAGCUUCACUGAUGUGAUGGAGUACAAGCCAGACACUGGGAACUGGUACAUCCCUGGACUCUGGAAUGGAAACCCACCAAUGGCUCCAGUUAAUGCAGGCUACAGUGAGGCUGUUUAUGAGCUCAAAAAAAACAUAAUCCAAAUUUUAAGAGACUGUGAGUCAUCUGAUAAUGAUAUCUUGGAGUUUAUAGAGUGGACAAAAAGUCUGUGGAAUGCAGUGAAACAUGAGAACUUCAUCUUCAGCUUCAGAAACAGCCUGGUGGCUGAUGCCUACAUGCAGCUGUGCACAGAGUUCAACAAAUGGGAAUGGGAAUUUAAGAAACAUAUGCACAAUUGGGUUACAGAGGCUGAAACAACAAUUUCAAACUUUGUUGUGAAAUCUCCAAAAUCUCUCAGUGAAUUGAAAAGUGAAGCUUGCUCAGAAGUGACUAAAUGGGAGACAGCUCUCCUUCAGAAUGUGACACAGUACUUCAAGCAAACAGAGGGCCAUGUCCAUCUAGUAGAGGCAUACAGAGAGGACUUCUCAAACAGUGCAAAGAGCCUGCGACGAGAAAUAGAGAGAUCUGUCAUUAAUCAACUUGAAACAGCGGCUGAAAUCAGACAGGGAAUGACUGAGCUUGAGAGAAUCAAGGAAACGCAUACAAGCAAACUGGAACAGGAAGUGCAUGCACUGAUUGAGGAAUGCCGCAAGGAAAAAUCCCAGAUGACAGAGAAAGAACUAGAUAAAGAACUAGAUAAAGAAUUUGAUAAGGUGUGGAGUAAAACAGUUAGAGAAUCAUCCUUUGCUGGAUUAAAGACCACUGACAUCAUUGCUAUAGUUCAUCAGCAGCUGAGGACAAAUGUAAGCACAAAGGGGAGUCAUGCCAGUGAAUUAGUGACUCAAACAAGACUGUGUGAUUGUGGAAUACAACCCUUCAAAUAUACUAAGCUCUUCAAAUAUACUGCUGGGGGAUUGUAUAACAAAGUCAAACAUGAAGUUUGUAAGCGUUUAUACAUCGAAGAUCACGUCAUGGCUGUACAAAGAAUGGCUGAUAACAUCAUAGCCGCCUGCAGACAGUCAGUGACAGAGAAAGUGCAAAAGAAAACCAAUUACCAUGACAAUUACAUCCAGGAGAUCUUGCACCUGAUUGAUGAGAGUCUGACUAAAAAUCAAGAACUAAAGACAGAUAUUGAGUUUGAAGUGUCGUUGAAACAGCACAUCUGUGGAAUAGCAGCCAGAGAGUUUCAGAAAAUGCAUGAAGAUUUCAUCCAAGUGAAUGAUCCUUUCAGACGUCUCAGUCAACACAAGGAAAAGUAUUGUGCUGAUUUUAAAGAUCUGUUCCACAAACGAGACCAGUGCCAGAAGAAAGCACAAGAAUUCACCAACCUCUGCUUGAUGCCUGCAGUGGAAACCUAUGUCAACAAUUAUCUGGGCCAAGAUAUUGUUGAUGAAAUGCUGACAAGCAAACGCUCACUGCAGUUUAGCACACGGACAUUUUUCCAGUAUUCAGUUUUAAUGGAUCUGCUUUCAAAGGACAAGUUUGAGAACUAUCUGAGCUACAUUUGCUCAUAUGAAGAUUAUGUAAAGAACUGGAUAUUUGACCAAAUUGUGGAAUGCUUUUCAAAGGGGUCUGUGAAGACUGAACUGGAGGAUCGACGUCUUAAAGAAGGUAUCAGUCAUAUAAAUAAUGCUAUCACAAAGGCCCACAUGGAAAAGAAUAGUGAUCUGAAAAAAUUUGUUGAAGAUAUUUGCAAGGAAUUUGAUGAUAAACUUGUCAUUUCACAGGAUGCUCUGGGAGCUUUCAUGACACUAAACACUGCAAACCAGGAACAGUUUGCUCACUGGCUCAAAGUUGGUGUGGAAGAAAUGGAAAAAACUCUUAGGGAGAAAUUAAAAAAAAUAAACAUCCAAAUGAAACUAAAACAGCUUCGCAUCAAGCCGCAGAAUGAACUUUUCACCAGGGUGUUUGGAUGUGGUAAACAGUGUCCAUUCUGCAAAGUAGCCUGUGAUGCAGGAGGUAAAGACCACAGUGAACACUGGGCUACAGUACAUCGUUCUCAGGGUCUUGGUAGAUUCAGGUUUGACCGCUCAGAGAAACUUGUCACUGAAAUAUGUUCUUCUCUUACGACCAGUGAGAGACAGUUCCGCUGCCAUGCUACAAAUGGGGAGUGGCACCCUUACAAGAAUUACAAAAACUUUUUCCCUGACUGGAAAAUACCUCCAGAUGGAAGCCUUGAAACAUCAGACUACUGGAAAUAUGUGAUGACAAAGUUCAACAAACAGUUUGCUAAAGAAUAUCAUGCAAAGCCUGCUGAUAUUCCUGAAGCUUGGAAAGCCAUUACAAGACAGCAAGCAGAAAAAAGCCUCAAAGAGUCAUUUGGUAUCAAGGAAGAACCUCAACAUGUCCGAAAAAUCCGUCUUCCCUUAUUUUGAUUGUGCUGAGGUGUGCAGUCUGUACCUAUAGAUGUUAGCUCUCGUGACACUUUCAAUGGCAGACAGUAACAUCACAAAUAGUAACCUAAGACAAGAGGGUGGAAGAAAUUGCUUAAAAAAAUAGAUAUACCUUGCCCCUUAGGCUCACAACAGGGAUAUGCUGGAAAGAUAAUGCCAAGAUUUCUGCUUUUUACCUGGUAUUUUAAUUGUCACUUUCACUUGUUAUGAAAAGUUUUAUGCAUCUGAUAGUUCUAUUGUGCUACUCUGUAAAAUACUAUUGCAUACUUGA